GACUAAAGCGGGCUACUCACACACCUGCCGCAGGGGCAAUACCGGUCGCACGGCGGUCGGACCAAUUUUGGGCUGUUCUCUACACACUAGCCUGCCGUGCAGUGUGUAACUGAUAGUCCCGCUGAACGCACGUCCACGAGAAUGGCUCCUGUAUUGUCGAAACACCAGAAAAUUGGUAUCGCCUUGUCACUUUCUGUGGUGCUACCGAGAAAAAAAAGCAAGAGAAGAUAUUGGGUGAAGAAUUGGUUGCAGAAACGAAACAAAUUGUGCCACAUGAACAUUAUGAAAGAAUUGGAAGUAGAUGAUCUUAGAAACUUUUUGCGAAUGGAUAUUGAUUCUUUUGAAGAGCUCCUGGCUAUGGUAACACCAACAAUAGAAAAGCAAGACACAUUAAUGCGGAAUGCCAUAAGUGCUAGAGAACGACUAACUGCUACACUAAGGUUUUUGGUUAGCGGGCAAAGUUACGAGGAUUUAAAAUUUAGUACCAUUAUAUCACCACAAUUGAUGUCCAUAAUGAUUCCUGAGAGAUGUCGGGCCAUUUACGAAUGUCUCAAACAUUAUAUAAAGAUGCCCUCAUCGGAAGCCGAAUGGAAAAAUACAGCAAAAAUGUUUGAAGAUAAGUGGAAUUUCAGUCACUGUCUUGGGGCCAUGGACGGAAAGCACGUAGCUGUAGAAAAACCCCCUGGAAGUGGCUCUAGUUUUUAUAAUUAUAAAGAUUUUUUCAGUGUUGUGCUUUUUGCUGUCGUUAAUGCAAAUUAUGAAUUUAUUUACGUGCACACUGGCACUAACGGAAGCGUGUCUGAUGGUGGUGUUAUACAACAUACUCGAUUUUAUGAAAAACUAAUGACAGGUCAAUUAAACCUACCACGAGCGUCUUCGUUACCAGAUACGAAUAUUAUAGUACCCUACACAUUUGUAGGAGACAGCGCAUUCGCUCUCAACAGACAUGUUAUGAAGCCUUACCCAUUUAGAAACAUAAACCAUGAAAAAAGAAUAUUUAAUUAUCGGUUAUCGAGGGCAAGAAGAGUUGUUGAAAAUGCUUUUGGAAUACUGGCAGCACGUUUUCGGAUUUUUCGCCGAAAAAUAAGUGUAAACAUUGAAAACGUCGAUGCUAUUGUCCUCGCAUGCUGUGCUUUACAUAAUUAUUUAAGAACUAAAUCAGAUACCUAUAUUACAGAUUCAUGUGUGGACUCCGAAAAUACAAAUGAUCUGACUUUUCGGCCCGGUGAUUGGCGGUCAGAAUCAUGUGAAUUAGUAUCACUUAUGCACAGAAAUGAAAAACAGCGCAAUGAUGAAGGAAAUAAUGUUCGUAAUAAAUUUAUGGCUUAUUUUAACGGACAAGGUAGUGUCCCUUUUCAAGAAAACAUGUUACAAGUAAUAUAAGGAUUCAGUAUACAUAUAACUCUAUUAAAAUAUGAUUUACCCAUAAGUACCUACCUAUAACGUAAGAAAUAUACUUAUGUCAAAUAUGUAGGUAAUAAAAAAAUUAAUAAUAAUUAUUGUUUUAUUU